GGAACCCCAUCACCGGGGCUUGGAGCCUUCGGGCAAAAAGUAAGGGUGUCCAGACCCUCACGCCUAUUAAUUUCGCAAAUACGCACUAUAGGAUGGUUCAACCCAGACCUUGCCAUAAAGAAAGAAGUUCGAGGCUUAGCCAGUUGAAAAAAGUUAAGAGUAACAUCUAUAGCAAUUUGCUGAGCGCUUUGAUAGGUAUGGGCAGGUGUUUGAAAGAGAUGGCAUGAAAACUGAGUGCAGAGAGAAAUCAUUUGCAUCUGGAGAGAAGAGAGUAAACUUUCGGGAUGCAGUGACGCUGGAGCUGGAGAGUCGGGGUUAAACGAGUUACCGAAGUAGGUGCGAAUGUGUGUUGAAAGGAAGCAGCAAGAAGAGAACCCCAGAGGUGGUCUUGCAGAGGAGGUGGACGACAAGGUCCUUCAUGCUGCUUUUAUCCCUUUUGGAGACAUUACAGAUAUUCAGAUUCCUCUGGAUUAUGAAACAGAAAAGCACAGAGGAUUUGCAUUUGUUGAAUUUGAAUUGGCAGAGGAUGCUGCAGCAGCUAUUGACAACAUGAAUGAAUCCGAGCUCUUUGGCCGUACAAUUCGCGUCAAUUUAGCAAAACCAAUGAGGAUUAAGGAAGGCUCUUCCAGACCAGUUUGGUCAGAUGAUGAUUGGUUGAAGAAAUUUUCUGGAAAAACUCUUGAAGAGAACAAAGAGGAAGAAGGGUCAGAGCCACCCAAAAUAGAAACCCAGGAGGGAGAGCCCACUGCAAAGAAAGCCCGGUCAAACCCUCAGGUGUACAUGGACAUUAAGAUUGGCAACAAACCAGCUGGCCGCAUCCAGAUCCUUCUACGUUCGGAUGUUGUUCCCAUGACAGCAGAGAAUUUCCGCUGCCUGUGCACCCAUGAGAAGGGCUUUGGCUUCAAGGGCAGCAGCUUCCACCGCAUCAUCCCCCAGUUCAUGUGCCAGGGCGGUGACUUCACCAACCACAAUGGCACGGGGGGCAAGUCCAUCUAUGGGAAGAAGUUUGAUGACGAAAAUUUCAUCCUCAAACACACAGGACCAGGCCUGCUUUCCAUGGCCAACUCUGGGCCAAAUACUAAUGGCUCCCAGUUCUUUCUGACAUGUGACAAGACAGAUUGGCUGGAUGGCAAGCACGUAGUGUUUGGAGAGGUCACAGAAGGCUUGGACGUCUUGCGGCAGAUUGAGGCCCAGGGCAGCAAGGACGGAAAACCAAAGCAGAAAGUGCUCAUUGCUGACUGUGGGGAGUACGUGUGAGACAGCUCCUUGUCUGCACUUCUCCUAUAUAUUGAGCUGUCAUCCCAGGGAACCAGCACUUGACAGCAGACAUGUAUGUCAUUGGUGGCAGCAGGCAUGUAUGUCCUGCCCCUUUCUUGAGGUCAGCUUGGAGCAGCUCCUCUGCAAGCAAGGCCUGGGCUUCCUCAGACACAGGCUAUGCCCUGCCUGCCCCCUUGUGGAUGGCUAUAUGUGACCGUUUCCAGGUCUUUGCUUCCAGGGCCUCUCCUGGGCCUGCCAGUGUAGCUCCUGGACGUUUCUUCUGGUGAAAUAAAUUCUAGUUCUUAUA